GAAGCAACAUUAAGGCGGCUGUGUCCACUCCACAUCAGCACGCGUGUUGUUGGCCGCGCACACUGGCGCCAGCUGAAAGUGUUGCCGCCUCUGGUUGCGUGGAAACUAACACAAAAAAAAAAAAUGGCUAUGCCUUGAACUGCUGUGGAAGCAUCUCCAGCAGCGCGUCUGCACAAGUUUCACCGGAAACAUGACGAUUUAAAGCCGGGCUGCAGGAGAGAGAGAGCGCUGCAAACGCUCAUCAGUUAGCGGGGAGAUUGAUGCAUUCUCAGAGCAUGCCCGCAUCCGUCGCAACAUGUCCAUCCUGGUUGACUAUGUGGUGAUGUGUUUGCUGCUGCACAGCCUGGUGCUAAUGACCUUCUGCUUCCACCACGCCGCCACCAGUUGCUCCAAGCGCUGCUACUGCUCGGAAAGCGAAGGCGGCGGCAAGACGGUACGCUGCAGCAAUCAGCAGCUCACCGAGAUCCCUCAGGACAUCCCCAACGACACACGGCGGGUCUACCUGGACUUCAACCUCCUCACCUCAGUCCCGGCGAACGCUUUUAAUGGUCUGUCCCAAUUGGUGGAGCUGGACCUAUCGCACAAUGACAUAAGCCAGCUGGAGUCGGGAGCGUUCAGAGGUCUGGGGUCCUCAUUGCAGUUCCUUGACCUUUCUGCCAACAAGUUAGUCCAUUUUAAUCCGGAUGCCUUCGAGGGCUUGCGGGCUCGUGCAAAUCUGACAAACAAUCCCUGGCAUUGCGACUGCAACCUGCAGAUGGCCAUGCUCCACGUGGACCUGGAGACCGUGUCACUGACUGGCAUCGUGUGCCUGACUUCAGACCCGGAAGAGAUGAGCGUACAGGGCCUGGCAUUCCUCCUGGAGCCGGACGUUGACCUAUGUGUGGUGAUGAAAAGGACUACAGACGUGGCCAUGCUGGUGGUCAUGUUUGGAUGGUUCACAAUGGUCAUCUCUUACCUGGUCUACUACGUCAGGGCCAACCAAGAGGACGCCCGCAGACACCUGGAGUAUCUAAAGUCUUUGCCCAGUAGGCAAGCAAAAUCGGAGGAGUCGUCCACCAUAAGUACUGUUGUGUAAGCUCUUUUAUAUGACAACAAAAACUUGGGUGGACUAAAUACUAGGAAAACUGUCUCUCUUCUGACUGAUGUGCUUCUUGUCUAUUCCACUUUCAUCUCCAAGAGCAACAUUUUAAAUAAUUUGCGAGUCAUUAGAAAACUUCACAACUCAGAGUGCCUGGCUGAUUCUACUUCCUGUUCAUAUGCAUGCUGGCACGGCCACUAGUUGCUAGGCAGAGUUCAUUGGGCUCAUUCAUAACUGCCCCACCAGCCAAUAAAAACAAUGUCAACUGUCAAGUUGGUCGCCUGCAGGAACAGGACUGAAAUUAGUCUUAAAACUAUACAAAAUAUUGCAGAGUCACUUGUUGCUAGGCAGAGUUUAUCAGGCUUAAUCAUAACUGCCCCACCAGCCAAUGAAAAGAUAGCAAAUGUCAAGUCACGCCCAAAAGGCUGACGGUACCCUGCAGGAACAGGACUCAAAUUAGUCCUAAAAUUAUACGAAAUAUAGCAGAGUCACUUGUUGCUAGGCAGAAUUCAUAAGGAUCAAUCAAAACUGCCCCACCAGCCAAUGAAAAGAUAGCAAAUGUCAAGUCACGCCCAAAAGGCUGACGGUACCCUGCAGGAACAGGACUCAAAUUAGUCCCAACACUAUACGAAAUAUAGCAGAGUCACUUGUUGCUAGGCAGAAUUCAUAAGGAUCAUCCAUAACUUCCCCACCAGCCAAUGAAAACAAUGUCAACUGUCAAGUUGGUACCCUGCAGGAACAGGACUGAAAUGAGUCUUAAAACUAUACAAAAUAUUGGAGAGUCACUUGUUGCGAGGCAGAGUUUAUCAGGCUUAAUCAUAACUGCCCCACUAGCCAAUGAAAAGAUAGAAAAUGUCAAGUCACGCCCAAAAGGCUGACGGCACCCUGCAGGAACAGGACUCAAAUUAGUCCUAAAACUAUACGAAAUAUAGCAGAGUCACUUGUUGCUCGGAAGAAUUCAUAAGGCUUAAUCAUAACUGCCCCACCAGCCAAAUGAAAAAAAACAUGUCCAGACCAUAUGGAAACAGAACUCCAAACAGUAAGUACAGUGGAACCUUGAUUUACGAACCUCUCAUUGCAUAAACUUUUCGAUUUACGAACCACAGAUCGAAUAAAAAU